CCCAACUAGCUGGUAUCGAUACGAUAUCCUUGAGUACGCGACGAUGGAUUCAAAACAGGCUGUUGUUCUGUUUUUUUCUCUCAUCAUUAUCGAGUCCCUGGCUUUAAAUCUUGAAGAUUGCAACAAGCCAAAUGCCGGCUUUCCAAUUGUCUUCGAUACCGUGUCACUUGGCGAUUUCCACAUGCGCACCUACGAGAAAGCGAUGGCAUCUUCAGCCUCCCGAUUCUACUUCGCUCCGUUGGCUUUGCUGGAACAUACGAGCGCCUCGAGUGGGCGUAAUAAUUUGACCGGUGAGAACCAGUUGGUGUUCCGCGUUGAGAUGUGGAAUGAUGAGCUGCACUACAUCGUGAAAGACCAUUUGAGCAACAUUACUGGUCUAUCUAUGGCGGAGAAUAGAGUAAAUAUACUACCGUUUGAAAAGGUUUCUCUACGAUGUCAACGAUGCAGCCCGGCGCGUUCGGACAGCCGCUGGCGAUCUUUUUCGCAAAGUCCCAAACACAUGGAAUUCCGAAUGGUUUGUACGACAUUGGAAGAGUGUCACAAUCUUCGGGAGCAGAUGAUUCAUCAUCCCGAGCAGUUCUCUUCGCAUUUGAUGCUAUUUUUCCGAAUGGAGGGUAACAAAGACUCUAUACGGCGUAAAUCUGCGUCGGUCACCAGCGAACACAUUUGGAACGGACCAAUCAUGUUGGAUUUGAAUAGAAGAUUUUCUAAUUCUUCUUUUGCCUUGGUGACUUCGCAUGAUCGUGGAAGGAUCGUGUCGGAGACUUUGGAGAAUGUCUUGGCUGACGUUGAGAUUUCAUUGGAGAGUGCCGAAGAUUUGGCCAUCGAGCCAGAGGAUGAACUUCGUUUGAGAAAAAUGAUGGAGAAUGUCCUGUUUGAAAAUUACAUAAUCCCACUGGAGGAUGAUAGCGAAUCUGCAUGGAACUCCCUCUACUGGGAUUAUGAGAACGUUGGACUGGACGUGAGGCCCGACAUUAUGGCUAGAAAACUCAACAAGUUGUACCAAAACGUAGAAGAGAAAGAUCGCAAAUGGAUUAUUGAACAAUUUAGCCAUGGACCAGGUCUUUCGUCAACGAAAACAAUACUCAGCGAUGAAACUUCUCUUGCUUUAGCCAAUAUUUUUCAAACAAUACCGACGCAUAUCGGUAGUAGACUUCUGAGCAGCCAACGGAAUAUUCAAUGGGACGGACAUAAAUUUCUGCCCAAAGUGACGAAAUUAUUCAGGAUUAACUUGGAUAAGCUCAGACACAGUUUCAAGCCCGUGAGAAACGUUCCAGUCAAGUAUUCAGUCAUCGAUUUGCGACUGGAUCUGAACGUUCAACCGGCCAUGUCACGGAUUAAUUUCGAGAGACAGCCUCAAAUUCCUGAAUUUCGCACUGCUAGAAAAGGAAAUGAAGAAAUGCAAACUACAGUGAAACCAGAUGAACGGCUGCUUACAAGUGACACAACCGGAAAUGAAUCGAGCCCUGGAGUGCUGCAAGGUCUCUUUCAAACCAUUCGUGGAGCCAUUACCGGCGGAGGCAUAGAGACUGCCCCGUACACUGUGAUUAGACAAGAAAAGGAAUAUGAAGAGAGGCUUUAUCCAGCUCAGAAAUGGGUGAGAACCCAGAUGAAGAACAUAUCUAAAGAUGGUGCUUCUUCUGCCAUGUUCUGGAAACUAUUCAACUACAUUUCAGGCCAGAAUGCGAAGCAAACCAAAAUUCCGAUGACAGCUCCCGUGACUGUUUUUAUUGAACCUGGAUCUGGGCCCAAUUGCGAAAGCACUUUCACUAUGGCAUUUUAUGUGCCUUCUGGAUUCCAGGAAGAUACACCAGAGCCAACUGCAGAUGAUGUGUCCAUUGAAGAACGUCCAGAAUUCAAGGUUUUAGCCAGGACUUAUGGAGGCUUUUCGAACGACCGCGUCACCAAACAAGAGCACAUCAACCUUUUCACUUCCCUAUCCGAGGACGACAAACAACUAGUAGAUCAGUUUGCACCAUAUUAUUACGCCGGUUACGAUCCCCCAUUCAAACUAUUUUUCCGUCACAACGAAGUAUGGAUGAAUAGCUUCAAACAUCGCUUGCAAAUAGAUGCGGAACUCGAGCAGCAGGCUAUCAUACCGCCCAAUUCUUGCAAUGGAGUCAAUCCACCAGAAAACUGAAUUACAAGAGCCUUCGAAAUUUGUUAAAAUUUAUCCUUUGCUUAUGUUCCUUGACAUAGGGAAAAAUUAUUUUCGGCCACAACCAUUAUAUUUUUUUAUUUGACUUAUGGCCAUUCUUGUGCCCAUUAUAGCCUUCCCACUUUUGUCAAAAUCGGCCAAAAACGAAAUCACUUGAAAUUAAUCAAAAAUCACACUGCAUAAUCAGAAUUGAGCGCCGAUUCUGAUUAAGUGAUUUCUUCUCCCGUCAAACGAACUGUUUUUGAAAUACACGGAAAUAAUGUGCAGUAGGCGCAUCAGCUUUAGGUUAUGGUUUUUUACGUUUGUUUGAAAAAAUAUAAGUCUGUUGGAAAAAUAGAA